AUUCUUUUCAGGUCUAAGGAAGUAUAACUUGUAAAUUAGAAAACAUUUGAUUUGAAGCAGUUGUUCAUUUAAUAUGGAGGCUACAAUGAAGACGAUUAUCCCGUGCCUAUUAUUGAUAGCAGAAUUUAUUCCCGGUGUGCUUUCCGAUGAAUAUUGCUCGAGUUACAGAUCUUGUGACGAUGGGUACUAUUGUUGUGAAUAUAAUACCAGAUGCUGCUCUGAGAAUAUAUUGACAGUUGGAGCAAUAAUUGGUAUAGUGAUAGGCUGUAUCGUCUUCAUCAGCUGUGUCGUUGCUGUAAUAUGCUGCUUAACUAAACAAAGUCAUCGACAGGGGCAAGUCGUUCAACCGGUACAACCAGCUGGUGUAGCAGUCAUAACAACUGGACAGCAAGGUCCUCCCGGAUACAGCCAACCUGGUUAUGGUCAACCAAUGUAUGGACAACAGCCAAUGUAUGGUCAACCACAAAUGUAUGGCCAACAACCUCUCGCGCAUCAACAAUCUGGAACCAGCGAAUCUGCAUUUCCCCCGCCACCACCACCAAUGUAUGAUCAACAAGUUAAUUUUGAUCCACCAUCAAUGUCUUUCGAAAAGCAACCGAUUGUUGUCCGGCCGCCACCAUCCGGUGAUAGAGCGGGAACCAGCGAUCCUGCAAAGCCCCCGCCACCACCAACGUAUGAACAACAAGUAAAGUUUUGUGCACCAUCAAUACAUUUCAGCCGUCCACCGACUUUUGACCCGUCUCCGCCAUCCGGUGAUUAAGCAGGAACCAGCGAU